CACAAUAUCAGUUGUCACUUCCCAAUUCAAUGAAAAGCAACUUCUGCUUGCCCAUUUAAUCGUACGCUAUCAGAGCAUUUUCUCCAAUGGCGAGUGAAACUGACGAGAUGGACGGUAAUCAAAUACUUGCCGAAGCCCUUAAAACUCAGGGGCUGGAGUAUGUCUUUGGGAUUACAGGACAUCCAGUUAUAGAGUUAGCUAUGGAAAUGCAAACUGCAGGUCUUCAGUAUUUGGGAUUCAGAAACGAACAAGCUGCGUGUUACGCUGCCCAAGCUUAUGGAUACCUUACCAGAAAGCCAGGCGUGGUUCUUUGUGUCUCAGGGCCAGGAUUACUACAUGUUGUCGGCGGUAUGGCGAAUGCACAAGUCAACUGUUGGCCGGUAUUAGUAAUCGGAGGGUCCUGUCCACAAGAUCAUGAAGGAAUUGGUGGCUUUCAAGAAUGGCCGCAAGUUGAAAGCAGUCGUCCCUACUGCAAAUAUGCUGCGAGACCGCCUUCGGCUGCACUUAUACCUCUACAUGUUGAGAAAGCUGUGAGACUAGCCACGUAUGGCAGACCCGGCGCUGCUUAUUUAGACAUGCCAGCCACAAUUCUGACUCAAAGAGUUGCUGGCAAGAAAGUCGCAAAGAUCCUGCAAUGUCCACCGCCACCUGUAAUAUAUCCACAGCCACAGCUCAUAGAACAGGCAGUGAAUAUAUUGGCUAAUGCUAAGAAGCCGUUAAUUAUUGUUGGAAAAGGUGCCGCUUAUGCACGUGCCGAAAAAGAAGUUCAAGACCUUGUGUAUGCGACAAACUUACCUUUCUUGCCAACUCCAAUGGGCAAAGGUGUAGUACCAGAUACAGAUGAACACUGCGUAUCCAGUGCAAGAACAUUAGCUUUGCAACAGAGUGAUGUGAUAUUACUUUUGGGAGCCAGAUUAAACUGGAUGUUGCACUUUGGACAGUCGCCUCGGUACCAGAAAAAUGUAAAAGUGAUCCAGGUGGAUUUGUGCGCCGAAGAAAUGCACAAUUCUUUGCAAGCUGCUUUAGCCAUACAGGCUGACAUAGGACCAGUGGCACAUCAGAUGUCGCAAGCAUUCAAAAACUGCAAAUUCAAUUUCAGUCAAACUAGUUCAUGGUGGAAAGAAUUGCGUGCAAAGGCUGACAAAAAUAAACAGGCUGUUGGUGCUAUGGCACAAGUCACAUCACCACCACUGAACUAUUACACAGUCUUCAAAAGUAUUGAAGAUCUAAUUCCAAACGAUUCUAUUAUCUGUUCUGAGGGUGCUAAUACAAUGGAUAUUGGUCGUACUAUGCUGCUCAAUAGAUUACCGCGACACAGAUUAGAUGCAGGGACUUUUGGUACAAUGGGUGUAGGUCCAGGUUUCGCAAUAGCAGCUGCUGUUUACUGUAAAGAUAACCACCCCAAGAAAAGAGUGAUUUGUGUCGAAGGAGACAGUGCAUUUGGGUUUUCCGGAAUGGAAGUUGAAACAAUGUUCAGAUACAAAUUACCCAUAAUUAUUAUAAUAAUAAACAACAACGGAAUUUAUAGUGGGUUAGAUAAGGAAACGAUGAAGCAAAUACAGGAUGCUGGUGAAGCGACACAAGUAACACCAACCCGUUCACUGACUGUCGAAACACACUAUGAGAAGAUAAUGGAAAUGUUUGGAAAGAAGGGUCAUUUUUGUACAACAAUACCUGAAUUAGAAAAAGCUGUCAAAAGUGCCUUGAAGGAAACUGAUUCACCAAGUAUAAUCAACACUAUGAUCGACCCUUUAGCUGAUCGUAAAACACAGAGCUUCAAUUGGCUAACAGAGUCCAAAUUAUAAAUAUUACAUUAAGAAUUUUAUACAAUGUUUUUUAAGGAACAAAGAUAAGUUACACUAUAA